CAGAGAUAUAUUUUAAGUUUAACUGUAAAAUAAAUAUUGUGUUUUUUGAUGAGUAAUUAUUACUGUUUUACUAUGAUCAAAUUAUAAAGUCUUGGUGAGCUUAAGAGACUUUUUAUAAUCAAACAUUUUAUAAUAUUAACAACCCAUACAUUUGAACAGUAGUGUAUAAAUGUUUAUGUAUAUGCAUGUUUAAGAGUCAUUGCACACAUUUCUUACUUUGUGUUAAAUGCCUUAAGUUUUUUGCCAAUCAAACUUUUGUGAUAGAUAAUAUACUCUGAUGUCCUGGGCUUUGUUAUGCUGUACCUCCUUAAGCAUAAAAUCCUAAUUAUUUUUUUACUCAAGUCUUUGUUAAUUUGGAUGAGUAUACCAUUCUUUAAAAAAAUGAAAACAUUUUCAAAAAUUGUAAAUACACAAUCAGAAUACAAUGCUGAGCAUUAUGAUGACUACAAAGAUAUUCCUCACAUGAGAAAGUAUUUCAUGGUAAACAAAAGGCUUUUUUGAGGUUUAGGCUCAAAAGGAUUUUUUUUUUUAGGUGCGCCCUCGUGUGGUACUCUACACGUUCUACACUGCGUCACAAAUAUUUUACGUGUGACGUGGUAGGUCACACUACGACAACUUCCGGUGUUUACAAAGCUCUUUCAGUAGGUGUAUUUUUCGACAGAUGUUUAAAUGUGUUUGGUUGUGAAUAGGCAAUAUGAAAUAAACGAAUCUGACAUUUACCGACCAGAUACCCUGACGAGUUUGAAUUUCGUUCCGUAACGUUUGUCGACGACGAGGCUGUUUAUUUCGAGCCAUAAACUGAGCUAUUUCCGCAAUUGUUUGAUCUUUGGAUCUUGUAUGUGGCCUGACACACUCGCUACGAACCCGCAAUUAUAUUUGUCAGUUUGACUGUUCUCCUAAGUAUUUCACAAUGAACAUUUUGCCUAAAAAGAGCUGGCAUGUGCGCAAUAAGGACAACAUUGCGCGCGUGCGCCGCGACGAGGCUCGUGCAGCAGAGGAAGAACGCGAGAUUCAAAGGCGAGUGGAACGCGCAGAGCAAGAGGCCCGAACCGAGUAUUUGAGAAAGAAAUCUCAAGCAGGCCUGAAGCAGACAGAGGAAUGGACAGAGGAUGGAGAGGCGGCGGAGACAAGCCGGGGAGCCAGAGAGAUAGAACACCUUAAUCUUUUUCCUCUAGAGGACUCGUCUGAAAAGAAAGGAAAUGCAGAAUACCUCCAAGAGAAAAAGGAAGAGAAGGAGAAGCAGGAACGUGCUAUUGGUAUUUUAGUGUCUCUUGGUCCUGCUCCUGGAACAGAAGCCACUCCCUGGUACCUGAAAGAUGGAAAAGACAAAGAGGAAGAGAGAGACAAAAAAGAAAAAGGCAAAAGCAACCAAAGAAGCAUGACUGAAGAGGAAAGAGAAAAGAAAGACAGAAAGCUGAAAGACAGUUUGGAUCCUCUUAAAGAAAUGAAAAAGGCACUGGCAGUGAAAGACAGAAAGCUGAAAAAGCAUAAGAAGAAGGAGAAGAAUGACAGAGGAGAGAAGAGGAGUGGAGAGAGUUCAAUUGAGAGGUUACGGGCUGAACGACUGCAGAGAGAAGCGGAGGAGAGGAAAAGGACAAAGGCUUUACUGGAACAGAGGAGUGGAGGCGGGAAAGAAAAAGAGCACGAGCGAGAGAUGGGUGAUAGAGACAGACCAUACAACAACGCCUACUUUCCUGAAUUGGCACGGAAGAGGCAAAAGAGAGACAGAGAUCAGUUUGGGUUUUAUUAGCUAACAAAGGCAUUAAUUCACUAAGUCUAGAAUAUGCGGAACCGUUUUGUGGUCGGACAAGAAAUUAGCAGGUGGAAAGUGUGAAGACCAUUUAAAAUGACUGAUUGCUACCUAAAAGCCAUCGAUCUGGCCUCUGCAUCACUUUUAUUGGCAUCAGGUGACUUGAGCGAACAGGAAAACCUCUUGUUUGCCUGUAUUUGUGCUGACAGCACAUGAAGCAAAUAAGCUGUUGUAAAAAUUUCAUCUUUUGAUUUGUAAGAUCUGCAUCAGUUCCUGUACAAAUAUGAGACAUCAGCAUUAAAACAUGGACAAGCCAUUAUUGUGAGACUAAGAACAUCUCUUUACUGCUGAUACUUGAGUCAAUAAAAUAUAUUGUUCCUGUCAUGUAA